CUUAGCCAGAUCAAUGCAGACCUGCUUCGUGCACGUGUUAGAAUUGGACUGGCUUAGUAACCCGAGCUUCUCAACAGAAGAUGCACUGUUACUGCAUCAGCGCACUACAGAAGUUGCAAAACUCGCCCCUGAAAAAUCGCCACUAAUAAGGAAUACUUCAAGAUCAGAUCUGUCAGGGGAAAGUGAUACAGAUGAGAAUCCAAAAAAGUCAAGUAAGAGAAGGAAAAAGAAAAAGCAUCACCACCAUAAGAAGACAAAAAGGAAAACCAGAGGGGACUCCAGUAGCAGUGGAUCAGAACUGGACUCUAAGUGCAGCAAGGACAAAGCCACAGGAGGUGACAGAAAUCGUGAAAAAGCAGCAGCAGCAAAUCUAGAUGAUAAAACAUCAAAUCUUACCAGCAGUCGCUUUGUUUGGCUUGAUGAUAUCCAGGCUUUCUCAGCAGAAACGUUCAGAAUAGACAAGAAAUCAGACCCUGCGAACUGGGCCUACAAAUCCCUAUAUCGAGGGGACAUAGCAAGAUAUAAAAGGAAAGGAGAGUCCUGUCUUGGCAUAGAUGUGAAGAAACAACGUAUAACUUGGGCCAGUUCUGCAUCAGAAAAGAAGCGAUCGCAGAGGCAACCUGAGCGCUAUUUCACAAAGAACAAUGUGAAGAUGCUGAACACAGAUGGGAUUCCUGUUUACAAUAAAAGUUCUCCAUCCGACCCCACUGCUUUUAUACCAGUUUCCCAAAUGGAAACUGAUGAUCCUUCUGACACAACAGAGGUGAAUCCUCUUGGGAUUUAUGAUCCAUCUACUACAAUGUGGCUGCAAGGAAAAGGGUGCAAGGGCACAGACCUCGAGCCUGUAAAGCAGCAGGUGUUCCAAGAGCCUGGGACAAAUAUUAACUCCAUUCUAAUGUCAAAAGUGGAAGAGCAUAACAAGAAGGUUAGAGAAAACCCAAGAGAUAUUGAUGCUUGGAUGGAAUUUGUUUCUUUUCAGGAUGAAUUAAUGAGAGGACCUGGCCUUUAUGCCAGUAAGGGAGAGCAGGAAGUAAGGAGAAAAUCACUGAAGUUAAUAUUGGAAAAGAAACUGGCUAUUUUAGAGAAGGCUAUUGAAAGCAAUCCAAGUAAUGUUGAUCUGAAACUCGCCAGACUGAAGCUUUGCACAGAGUUCUGGGAACCGCCAGCUUUGAUCAAAGAAUGGCAGAAGUUAAUUUUCUUACAUCCCAAUAAUCCAGACCUGUGGAAGAAAUAUCUCCUGUUCUGUCAAAGUCAGUUCAGUACCUUUACUGUUUCAAAAAUCAAUAGUCUCUAUGGAAAAUGUUUGACGACGUUAGCAGCUGUACAUGAUGGCAGUAUGGUAUCCCAUCCACUACUGCCUGGCACAGAAGAAGCUAUGUUAGCUAUAUUUCUUCAGCAGUGCCAUUUUCUGAGACAGGCUGGCCAUUCUGAGAAGGCGGUGUCUUUGUUUCAGGCUCUGAUUGACUUCACCUUCUUUAAACCUGACAGUGUAAAAGAUUUGCCAACAAGGGGACAGGUGGAAUUCUUUGAACCAUUCUGGGAUAGUGGAGAACCUCGAAUUGGAGAGAAAGGAGCAAGAGGCUGGAGAGCAUGGAUGCACCAACAAGAAAAGGGUGGCUGGAUAGCUGUUACCAAGUCUGAUGAUGAUGAUGAAGAGAUAGAUGAGGAUCAAGAAAUAAAGAAUAAAACUCUACCAAAAUGGCAAAUUUGGCUGGAUAUUGAAUAUUCUCGGGAAGCAAGGCAUUGGUUACCUUGGAGGCCAGACAAAACCAAAAAGCAGACUGAGGAAGACUGUGAAGAUCCAGAAAGACAGGUGUUAUUUGAUGAUCUGGGACCAUCUUUAAUCCAACUUUCUACUCCUGAUCUUCAGUGUCAACUACUGUACUCAUUUUUGCAAUUCCUGGGAGUCCCAUGCACAAGUAGACUCUUUCCUUCAAGCCUCUAUGUCGCCAUGGAUGAAAAUAACAUUUUUGACAGCGUGCUUUCUGAUGAAAAGCCACUGACUUCUAUUGAUUUGCAACUUUCUGGGUUCUGCAGUAUUGGUCAUAUGGAUACAAUACUGAGAAGGAGACAUCACAUAGGCCACUAUAAGGAAGGAGAGGAGUUCAUACAGAAUGUUUUUCACGUUCUAUUCCUGCUAUUUUCAGGACAGGAAAAAUGUAAUCUGUCCAUUUGUUGGUUACAGUAUGAAAUAUCUAAGGUAGUUCAGUGUCUCCAAACAAAAAACAAGAAGAAGUUGAAGGUACAAGGGAAGAAAAGUAAAAAAUUGGCCAAGAAUCUCCUUAAAGCACCUGACAACCGAAAUCACAUUUCCCUCUGGAAACUGUAUGCCUACCUCGAAUGGCUGCUUGGUAACAUUGAUGAUGCUAGGAAGGUAUUUGAUACAGCUCUUUGUACGGCAGGGACAGGAGGAAUGAAGAAUCCCCAGCUCUGCAGUCUGAGUCUCCUCUAUGCUCAGCUGGAAGUGGAACUGCUAGAAAGUCUAGAAGGAGCUGUUAUGUCACGUGCUGUUCAUACAUUGACCAAACUGGCUGAAAGUGGGCCAUAUGUGCCUUAUAGUGGACAAGUUUUAUCCGUUAAUAUCUUGAAAGCUAGGAAAACGUAUGAGCAUGCGUUGCAAGAUUAUUUAAAUAAAACCCCAGUUGCUGAUCAGGAUCAGGUCAAUGACUCUAAUCAGCUGGUUAACUUGGUUGGUUGUUAUGCAAUUUUCCAGUAUUUGACUGUUGGGAUUGAUGCUGCGGUGCUAAUAUAUGCACGAGCUUCGGAAAAGCUUGAAGUUCCUGAUCCAAAGAAACGUGAAAAUACUGGAAAGAAUCUUAGCAUUCAAAAUGUCCCCACCGCUCUUGAGGCUAUCACACUGCUCCAUACAAACUUACUCAGAUUCCACAUGAAAAUUGGUGUUUAUCCUUUGAAUCCUCUGCGAGAGGCACUAACGGAGGCUCUGAAACGGUAUCCUAGCAACCAGUCUCUUUGGAGGUCAUAUAUCCAGAUCCAAAGGAAGUCUCACAACGCUAGCAGAGCACGAAGAUUUUUUGAUAGUGUCACAAGGUCUACUGACUCUUUAGAGCCAUGGCUGUUUGCAAUCCAGGCAGAGCAGAUGAGAAAAAAACUCAUUGAGAAUGUCCAAAGGGCAGAUGUUGGUGAAAUACAUUCUACUAUUCCUGAAACUGGAUUAACAAAUCGGAUUGUAGCUCUAUUUGAACACGCAGUUCAGAGUGAAAGUGGCACCCAUUGUCCGCUGCUGUGGAGAAUGUAUUUGAACUUUCUGGUUUCACUAGGAAAAAAAGAAAAAAGUAAAGGAUUAUUUUACAGAGCCCUUCAGAACUGUCCUUGGGCAAAGGUACUCUAUAUGGAUGCAGUAGAGUACUUUCCUGAUGAGCUGCAAGAGGCACUUGAUCUAAUGACUGAAAAAGAACUGAGAGUGCGGGUACCUAUGGAAGAGCUGGAUCUCCUUUUAGAGGUUUAAAAGAAGAGAGGAAGAAUGGAAAAAGUACAGAAGCUAGUGCCAAAACUGGCAGUUAGAACUGUCUGUUUUCAACUAAGAGCUCUGUUGGGACUUGGGUACUAUGUACUUUAAAAAACAAAACAAAACAAAACAAAACAAACUUAUUUUAUAAAUUGCUACCAAAAUGGAGUUCUACUAGCUGCAAGUAUCCUGGAAUCAAGUACUGCAUUUUGCCCGCAAAAAUGCAUCUAUUUUCUCUGAAGUAUUGUUGGCUUCCACAGAAGGAUACCCUCUUAUAAAUACCCUCCUGUUGAACAUUGCCCACGUUUCUUAUUCUGUUGUUUGAAAUUACAUUCCCUAGAGUUCAGUGGAGAUUCAGUACAUGCCAACUAUGGUUUAGUGAGCAGUACAGGAAAUAAACAUCUGCCAAAUAGAUGCUCUGCUGUCCUCCAUUUGGCAGACUUCAGUAAUUUCCUUCGGCUUGGUAUGCGUGUGUGUAUAUAUAACUACCAAGUCAAACAGCAGUUAUAUCUGUUAAUAAACUGUUAGUAAAAGCCAAAUCUUUGCUUGAGCAGCACCUAUUUUGGACUUGUAUUUGUAUGUGUGGACAGAUGACCAUUUUAAUAUGAAUAUUUAUAGAAAAUAUACCAGAAUAUUUUUAAAUUUGGCUGGAAUUUGAAUUAUUUUGUUUCUUAAUUUUAAUGGGUCUGAGAAUGCUUUAAAACUAAAGUUGUAUCUAUAGCUUGUCUCUAAGCAGCUUAUUUUUAAACAAGUUGCAGUAAUUGAUUAUUCCCUUUUGCCCAAAUAUACGUUGUCGUCAUGAGAGAAGUAGAGGGCAGUUCUGUAUUUAUUCCUCACCAAAAAAGGCGUAACAGUCAAAGCAUAACUGUUUGAUAGUAGCUUUUAUCCAAGAAUCGGUGUUUUUUACAGGCAAGACCCUGGAGAAAUAAUAAAUGUGGCAACAAUUUAGUUAUGUUAUAUGUUUAUUUUCUAAGGCAGAAGAUGCUGAAAUACGUAAAAGACUAGGUUUAGCAUCUCUACAAGUAGAGACCCAAGCACUCAGAAACUGGAUCUUCAUCUCUGAAAGAGAGUAUCUGCAGCCACUGAGUGUCCUCAACUGCCCCUCAGUUUUUUCAGGAGAAAACUAACAACUGUCACUAACAACUGAUUGUGGUUAUAAAGCUCUUGGGCCUCUCAAUAAUGAGGUCAACUGUCAUGAUUUAAAAGCACUAGCCUAAAAAAUCACUGACAUUUAUUUCCUGACCUUUCCAAGGAGGCAGAGCUCAUUGGGUUUGCAGGAACGGGUAAUAAAACUUCUUUUUUUCUAACUCUGGAUGAAAGACAUCUCUAUUUCAGGGUUCCUGUUAUCCAGAUUAAAUACAAAAGCUCCAUUCAUAUGCAGGGUUUGUUUUUUGAAAAUGAUGAGCUACAUGAUAAUUUUUACUUGAAAAAGCUCUCGUGACCUUGCUGCUACUGUUGUUACAGCACUAGCAGUUAUAAAGGGGAUUGCUGUAUGAGUAACUUUCAGAUUUCUACCACUCUCCAGCAUUUACUCCUGCAGAAAGCUUACAGUCUUUGCUCUGUAAAGUGCUUGUGAUCUAUACAUGGAAUUUAUAGUGCUCUAAAUCAGUUGGACCCUGGGUUCCUUUAUUUGGUGGGUGGUAUCAGUUUACACAGGUUUGGAAUUAAGUUAAAUUCUUAUUCUUUUCAACAAUAACUUGCUU